AUGACUCUUCGUAUUGCCAACCUCGAUGUGACCGUCGCACCGGUUAUAACUCCAGGGACCAAGGAGAGCGGACCCUAUGACCCUCUCAACCCUUCAACUAGGGAGUUGCCCAAGGGUCACCAGCGAACUCCCGAGAACAAGGCCUUUGAGACGGAUACCAUCUUUGAAAAGGAUAUUACGCUGCCUAUGCGCGAUGGUGUCAAGCUGUAUGCAGAUGUCUUUCGCCCGAAAGGUGUUGACAAGGUUCCUGCAAUCAUCAUCUGGAGUCCUUAUGGAAAGACUGGAAAUGGACCUCAUGGUCUCGAUAUGAUCCCUGGCCGCUUUGGUGUUCCAAAGAGCGAAGUCAGCGGCUACGAGAAGUUUGAAGGUCUUGAUCCCGCUGUGUGGCCUGCCAGAGGCUAUGCUAUUGUUAAUGUUGACCUUCGAGGCUCGUGGGACUCUGAGGGAACUACUACCUGGCUUGGUGAGCAGGAUGGCAAGGAUGGCCACGAUGCUAUCGAGUAUGUCGCCAAGCUCCCCUGGUGCACUGGCAAGGUAGCUCUUGCUGGAAACAGCUGGCUCGCCAUGGUUCAAUGGUACAUCGCCUCGCAACAGCCUCCCUCUCUGGCUGCCAUUGCCCCCUGGGAGGGUGCCGCAGACUUUUACCGCGAUACCCUCUGCCGCGGCGGAAUUCCUUAUCCUUACGACACCAUGUGGAAGCUUCUCCAGGAUACCAUGGUUGGACGAAACGUCACAGAGGCACCAAUUCCCAUGUUGGAAAAGUAUCCUUUGUUUAACGAGUACUGGGAGGACAAGCGAUCUAAGCUCGAGAACAUCAAUGUUCCUGCCUAUAUCCUUGCGAGCUACUCCAGCUCACUUCAUACGACGGGUUCUAUUCGUGCCUACAACAAGAUUGCGUCCAAGGAUAAGUGGCUUCGAAUCCACGCCCGACAGGAGUGGUCUGAUCUUUACAACCCUGACAACGUCAACGAUUUGACCAAGUUCUUCGACUACUAUGUCAGAGGAGAGAAGAAUGACUGGCCCAGCACACCAAAGGUCCGAGCUUCGCUGGUUGGUUUCAACCGACCCGCUGUCACCAACCUACCCUUCUCAUCCUUCCCCAUCCCCCAGACAAAGUUUACCAAACUCUAUCUCGCCCCUGGCGAAAAGUUCUCCCCCAACCCAGUCUCGACAGUUGGAACCGGUUCCUACGACGCUUCAUUUGUCCCCAAGAACCCCAUCCUUGGCGGCGAGGAGCUCUUUUUUAAGCAAAAGUUCACCAAACAGACCUGGCUCCUCGGAUACUCAUGGGUCGUUCUCAACAUUUCCAACGAUAGCCACGACGAUAUUGAUGUGUUUGUGCAACUUGGCAAGGCGGACGCUUCUGGAAACCAGCUGAUCAACAUGAAUGUCCCUCUCACGGAACUCAUUCCUCCUGUCAAGGAGGUCUCUGAGGCUGCAGACACAUGUUUCCUCAAGUACUCUGGCCCUACUGGUUCUCUACGAGGAAGCCAUGCUGUUAGCAAGGUGACUCCUAAGCCUGGAACAUUCACCGGUGACUGGCCUGACUACACGCACACCACUAGAAAGUCCAUCCCUGCUGGCACCGUCACUCGACUUGAGGUCCCGAUUUGGCCCACUGGAAUUAUCUUUGACGAGGGUGAAUACCUCACGCUCAAGAUUUCUGGUCAUUACAUGAGUUACAUGGAGUUUGACUUCCUGUAUGGGGUUUCUCAUAGAAACAAGGGCCGGCACACUGUUCAUUUUGGUGCGGAGUUUGACAGCCAUCUCGUUGUUCCUCUGCUUGACCCUAUCAACUAA